GAACACAACCCAACCGCAAACCCCAUUCAACCUUCAAGACAUGGACCCUAGCUUUUUAAGUUACGCGGCUUACUUAAGUGGCGCCCCUCCGUUUGUUCCUCCAACUUUCGGCUAUGGUCAAGCCGGCGGGUCUCAACCGUCACAACCCGAAGCCGAACCCGAUGUGGAAGUCGUACCGGAGACGCAACCCGAACCGGUGCAAGAAACAUCGAAACGCGGCAAAAGGUCGCAUAAGAAGAAGGAUAAGGACGCACCGAGGCGUACAAAAAAUAUAAUCAAAUGGACGAAGGAAGAGGAAUACGCGUUGACUCGGGCGUAUGUCGACAUUUCGGAGGACGAAGAGACGGCAAACUUUCAAACGGGUCCGGUUUUUUGAGAUAGGGUUCGUGCACUCUUCUUUAGCACGUGGGGUCAAGGCGAACAUCGGGACAAAGACUCGAUUUCUAGCAAAUGGACCGACAUAAACAACAAGUGUCAUGC